AUAUGGAACAGCUGAUCGUAGAAAGUGACGGAAAGGAAAAUCCGCAUCAAUUAGAAGGUUACUGCUGAGAGAGAGAAGCAUGUAAAAAAAAGAAGUCAAGUAAAAAUCGUGUCAUUGUCUGAUCGGGAUCUAACGUGACGAUUUAGUUGCCGCGAGGAAAUAUCGAACGGAAACUGCACUUUCACAUGUAACAGAUGUUUGUUGUGAGAGAUGUCACAAAUUGAUAUCCAGUAUUUGUUUAACAAGAGCAGGUUUCCUAGCGGUUGGCGUCUUCUACUUGUGAUACUGUACUCACCAGUAGGUGUUCUACUUGUGUUACUGCGAUUAUUCGUAACGUUACAACUUUGGCUGGUCGCGUCGCUAUUGCCGGAUUGCAAUCCCCUUCAAACGUUCUUGAGCUACGGCAUCAGUUUCGCUUUUGGGAUCAUAGUUAAGUUCGACGCCGAGAGCGAGCUGAGGGACAAGCAAUCGAGAAUAAUAAUCGCUAAUAAUGUGUCCGUUCUGGAUCACAUUGCCAUACAUCGAGCAACGGAAACGUUAAUUCCCAGCCUUUGGGAGUUGCCCGCUGCUCUGAGUAAUGCGCUGGGAUUACAAGAGAUGGACAUGGGCAGCAAAGACAUACUGAUCGCCAACAUAAAGCAAUUCCUCGCCACCUCCACAUACGGCAUCGCUAUACAACCUGAAUUUGGCACAACUAACAGCAAGGUCGCUCUGUUGAAGUUCAAUUCCUGGCCUUUUAGCAUAGAAACGUCUGUCCAGCCAGUCGCCAUCAAAGCGUCAAGACCAGAGUUUGUGCCUGUGCACGUUACCUCGCUGGCAUCGACAUGGUGGACGGAAGUGUUUUGGUUCAUGUUCGUCCCUUAUACAAUUUUCACACUCAAGUACCUGAAAAUUAGACGGAAUUCCGAUCACGAGGCUCUUAUGCGGGAGGUAGAGAGGGACAUCGCGGAUGCUUUGGGGCUUAAAACAAGUUCCCACACUAUAUCGGACAAGACGGAGUAUGAGAGGCGCUAUCGCAUGGAAAUGAUACUUAGCAACACCCGUUCUAACAGAAGCACGUCAAAUUCACAAGUUAUACAUAGCAUAGAAAUACAAAGGAUGGUUCGUCAAGUUAGCGAAGUACUUCCAUUGGUCCCACACAAUGUGAUUCUCCGAGAUCUUCUGAAGACUCGGAACGUUGAUGUUACAAUUGCCAAUAUUCUUGAUGGCAUAGUUACUUAUACUCCAGAGCCAAAUCCACAGACUCCAUCCUCUGUAAUCCCACCUAGUGGAUCUUCAAAUUCUGCAAAGGACAAAAUAUUCGGUACUUCUUCCUUCCAAGAAAAGAAAGCUAAAAUGAUACAAGAAGCCAGAGAAAGGUAUAUUAAAAAACACGGUCUGACAAAUUGCUGACAUUCUUAUUAUUGUUUUAUUCUGGUUAUAACAUUGUCAAGGACAACUUGUAUGUAAUUUGUUUUAUUUCAUAUGUAUUAUAUUUACCAUUAUA